AUGGAUGAUGACGCAGCCAACCGCUUUCGCCUGAGCAUUCGAUUGGAAGCAUCGUAUCGCGCCUUGCAGGAUCAAUGGUUCAGACAGAUUGCCGUGUGGGCCAUUGGCUACUUCGAGAUAAUCGCUCUCGCGGCAAUCCCCGGAGUUCACUUGGUCACAACUCCCUACAUCACCGUGGCUGCGUUGCUGCUGAUGUGCUUACUGGCCUGCGUUCGAGCGGGUAAUGUGCUCGAUCCCUUGCUGUGGCCUGUGCAUGUGGUGCGGCCAAGAGAUCAAUCGAAAUUUGGUCUCGGUGAGCAUCAGAAAGCUGCUCGCGGCUUUUACGCUGUUUCUACCCUCAUUCGAUUGGCCUGUUCGGUCUCUUUCGCAUACCUCGUGAUGGAUCUUAUGCUGAACGGGCUGGCUAUGCACGCGCAGUGCAACUAUGAACUCUGGAACGAGGUGAACGUUUCGCGCUACGCCUCCAAACUGUCUGCCUGCAACACGAACUCGAACUCGCAAGGCAGUUACUCAUGUAAAAGCAUUGUCUCCUUCGAUGAACGUUGCCACAACGCCACACGAUGGUCCUCCUGGCUACUUCAUCAGGCUUGGGAGGAGGCACGUUUGCCAUGUGACAGCAAUACGACCAACGAGAGCCUGGAGGAGUUUCUGCUUUGGUUGCGUUCGGACUGGUUUGAGAACGAAUAUUGCGAGACACUUGCGGGGACGGAAGUGCUUUGCUAUUCCAUUCGUCAAAAACCCUAUACGAUCCUGUUCACAGAGGGUCAGAUGAGUCUGGAGAAAAUUUGCCCUUCCUGGCCUUUCGAGGGAUUAUCCUACAGCUAUUGGUGUUACUCCUAUGCCUUGGAUGCAGAACACUGCCGCGAUGAUGCCGAUGCCACCUGGGCGAAGGAGGACCUGUCAGCAAGCUGCGCUUCGCAGGAAUGCAUUCGCAACAUUCCUACAUGGAUGGCCGAGAUUUUGAAUUUCACGGCUCAGACCGAAUUCUGCAAGUGCCAGUCCUGUAAAUCCUGGUGGAACUCCAAUCAGUGCAUGGCAGAACUGGUGAACUACGAAUAUCGCCUGCGGGCUGGGCUCCCAGAGAUGGACUACGGCUUGUUGAUUAGUCUCGAUACCUACUUGCAGGAUCCAAUGUAUUCCGUCCAACUGAUCGUCUGCAUGCUCAUGAUUUUUGGCGGAUGGUUGUGGUUACUCUUCCUGGCCUGUUUCGCGCUGGUGGGAAACCCUCUGGCGAUGCCUCCAAACCUGGAGCUGCAGCAAAGGGUGCUGGAAGAAGAGCAGAACAUCGCCGAAGAACUCCGUUCCACUGGCACCGUGAUUCAACGCACGCUCCCCUUCGCUUGCGGGAUUGAGGGACAUCUCAAUCGCCUGAUGAUGCUGGUGGAGCUGGGUUUCUACGUGGUCGAUUUCGUUUUGGAUUUCGAGAUGAUGUCGCUGUACUUCCACAAGCAGCACUAUUGGUUCGCCACUGUUCAAGGCUGCAUUGUAGCCCGCAGCGUGGUCGAUUUCCUGGUGAGACACGUCUUCUUUGGACCCUGUUUCAUCAAGGAGAUCAUUGACUCCUUCAAAGCCAAUUUGAGGACCGAUGUGUGCUGUGGCGCUUCAAUGACAGUGAGUUCUGGGUAA